AUGCUCGGAAUUUUUGAGCUUUCGCUGCAGGUACUGAACUCGUUCAAUCCAGCAAAAUAUGGUCCUACGCAAACUGGCGAUGCACCAUGGCUCGCUCAGACGAAUGCAGCUCCGUUUGCUGGCGUUUCGUACAUACCAAAUACGCCCCUUGAGACUCAGAUACCAAUCGCUGGUAAUGUCAACAACACCAACAUCUUCCAGCGCCUGGCUAUAUUGAGCCCAUAUUUCCCCAAUCCUCGUGGCUUCGGUGUCAACGAGUAUUCCGUUCCAUUCGGAUCGAAUGUGACGUGGUUGAACAUGGUCCAUCGUCAUGGCAGUCGCUAUCCUGAGGUCAGCGGAGACGCAGCUGAACGUACUCUUGGCCUGAAGCUUGCGGCAGCUGAAGGAAAGUUUGCAGGCCAUGGCCCUCUCUCCUUUCUCAACGACUGGAAAUUUAUGCUCGGCGCUGAGAUUCUGGUCCCCAAUGGAAAAGCGGAACUUUUCCAGUCAGGAACCUUGCACUACUAUCAGUAUGGCCACUUGUACCCAAACAAUGGCAGUAAGAUCAUAGUCCGCAGCACAACCCAGCGCCGUAUGUACGAGUCAGCUGAGUACUUCCUUGCUGGCUUCUUCGGUUUGAGUUGGACGCAGAAUGCAACAUUGGAGCUAGCGAUAGAGUGGCCGGGUUUCAACAAUACCUUGGCGGGAUACAAACAAUGCAACCAUACAGGCUGGCUGACGGCUAGAGAAGGCGACCUCGACUGGACUCUUAGCGAUACAUAUAACGCCCAAGCUCUUUGUGCAUAUGAGACCGUUGGGCUCGGUUUCUCUCAUUUCUGCGGUCUGUUUACCUACGAAGAAUGGGAGGGUUACGAAUACGCACUUGACAUCGCAUUCUCUGCUGGUACAGCCUUUGGUUCACCCGUCGGACGAGCAAUUGGCGUUGGUUACGUACAGGAAGUAUUGGCCCGUAUGCAACACCAUGUUAUUACUGACCCUGCUGCUCAAAUCAACACCACGCUCGAUAACAACACUGUCACAUUUCCAGUGGAUCAAAACAUCAAUCUAGAUUUUAGCCAUGAUGCGAACAUCAUCAGCAUUCUAGCCGCGUUUGGUUUGACGCAAUUUGCAGAUUAUCUGCCCACCUCCCACAUCAAGAAGGACAGAGAAUUUGUUAUGUCUUAUUUAGAGCCUUUUGCUGGAAGGCUAGACAUUGAGCUCAUAAAGACGCCCACACCGGUCAAUCCAGAUAGAUCCGCCAAAAAGAUCUACCUCGAUGGCGAACCAACAACUUACGUUCACUUCAUCCUCAAUCAACGACUGCGGGAACAGGGACGACGCGGUGUGUGCGAGAUGUCAAUAUUCCUCAGGGUCAUGGAGAAGGAGAUUGAAAAGGCUGAUUACGACUAUGCAUGCUUCGGAGACUACGACCUACCUGCGUACGGCGAAAUCAAAGAUGGUCGUCCGAUCAGGUAG